ACCUGUCUGUGUUUGGUAACUAAUAUCUAAUGAUUCGAUUCAGACAUAGUAACUACUAGAAGCAGAUGCUGCACCACUGUCUCAUCCUCAACCCAUCGCCGUCGCCGUCGCCGCUCACCAAUGGCCAUUAUCACUAUCAACCUCAAGCUCAAGCUCAAGCUGAUUUCGCCGCCGAUGGCGAUGGCGGAGGCGGAGGCGAAACAGCUAGCGUAGCCAGCACUCAGCCCUCUCCCAAUCUAGCUCGAGAGUACUCCAACGUAUUACAAUCCCUUUCCUACCAAGAAAUUCGCUCCACCGUCGAGGUCCUCUACUACGACCAAGACCAAAACGCCAUCUUGGAAAGAGUGCUUAACCCUAACCGCGAUUGCGUCGAAGAGGCCCUCCGUUACGCCAAGCCAAACACUCUCACACGCCUCGUCUCCGAAUACUUCGAACACAGCGAGUACACCACCCAACUCUGCCUUCACCUCCAACAAGCCGUCGCCCGUGCUCGUGAGCUUUACGCACCUCUGCACGACCUCCUCCAACUCCUCCCAGCUGAUUCCAACUCUCUAUCUGAGUCCCACUGCAAUUGGGCCAACGAAACCUUCCUCAAAUUCGACGCUCUUCAUAACCCAUUCUCCUUUCCCGACGAUACCCACCACAACUUCGAUCACAUCCGUGGCUGUUUCUCCAACCUCAGAAAACAGCUCGACCGCCGCUUACGCAAGUCUCGAUCUUUAAUUCGCAUUCUCUUUGACACUGCCUUCUUCUCUAGGCCUGUGGUACUCACUACCAGAGCUCUUACUUCCCUUGUGGUGUGCACUGCAUUGCCAAUGACCAAGAAGGUUUCCCGCGUGGCUCAACUGGAUGCUGCAGCCAAAGGUACUUACGUUCUUCACGAGGAUCUGAACACCAUUAAAAGCCUUGUGGACCGUCUGCAGUCGUUUAUUGAGGAGGACAAGGUUUCUGUUCGGAUGGGUUUGGAUAGCUGUGGAGAGAGGCAUCUCAUACAUGAAGUGGUCAAACAGCUCCGCAAGAACCACUCAAAAAUUGUUCAUCAGCUCGAUGAUUUGGAGGAUCAUAUAUACCUUUGUUUCAACACUGUUAAUAAGGCUAGACUUCGGCUCUUAGAGCAGAUUUAUCUUCAUCAGACUUCAUUGUCAGGAGAUACCAGACAAACGGAAGAGACAUGACUUGGCCACUCAUCCUCACCAAAUGUUUCACUUACAGAAUGAAGAUGAAGCUAACUUUAAUUUGAUGCACACAAGGUUUUUCUCUUAGACAGUUAUCUUUGCCUUAAUUCAUGAUCAUGACUUAAAGAGAAGGCUUUGAUAGGUUACCCUGACCUUGAACCAUACCAAUUAUUUUGUUGCAGAAAUCUCAUUGUUAUCAGGAUCAUGACAGACAAUGGGGAUCAUUUCUCCAAAAGUUCCACAGCUGAUCCGCAAGGCAGGAGAAGAUAUCUCCUUGGCUUUCAAGACUAGGACUACUUGACUUAGUUUCUUUCAUCACACUCUCAUGGAGCAAGAACAAGAAAACAUAUGUUAGUCUUGUCACUUCACUUGUUCCCAAAGGUUUUGAUACUCAUUUGUACAAACGAGUUUUUUUCCUCGUUAUUAUUACAUAGGGUUAACCAAUUCUUUGGCAGUUUAAUAAAAAGCAAUACUUACUACAGUUUUGAUAAAUUUGAUUCGAGGAAUAAUACAUGAAGACAUAUUUGUCUGUAAACUGUACUGGCAAUCAAUACAAUGCACUUUGCACA